CUAAAUAUACAUUUUCUUGAAAUAUUGUCAAUAACUGAGAUCAAAGAAAAUGUAAUUUUAUAAUUCCGUAUAUACAUACCGUAUAAUUACAAAUGAGAAAACUUUCUAAGCAGAACAGAUUACGCGAUUACGUCAAAAUGAAAUUAAAUGUAUCCUAAUUAAUCGAAAAGUAAGUUAAUCUUGACAAUCAUUGGAGCUAUUUUAUAUUAACAUGAUUUUUUUAAUUGCUUAAAUAAUAAUAAUUAUUAAUUAUUAUAUGCAUGGACAGAUGAUUUAAAAUAUGCUAAGAUGGGGAAUGUUUCACGAUCUGUUAUAAAUUCACGAUCAAAUGAACGUGUUAUCGUUCUGGAAAAGAAGAGUGGGACGGAAAAAUAUAUAAACUGGCGUCAAUAUCACAUUAUCGUACUUUUAUCGUGCUUUUAUGUAUAUAUAUAUAUAUAUAUAUAUAUAUAUAUGUACAUAUAUACAUCGUUACAAUACGGGUUUCGCUCUUAUAAAUGUAAUAUUGCGUUUCGUAUCGCUUGAAAUUAUAAGUUUCGCCGUUUUGUGAACAUUAUUUAAUAUCAUUGUACUACCAUAAUGUUUUUUACGGGAAAGGUUAUUUUGAUAACAGGGGCCAGUUCAGGAAUUGGAGCUGAAACAGCUAUUCACUUUGCUCAACUUGGUGCAUCGUUGUCGAUAACAGGACGUAAUAAACAUAAUUUAGAAAAAAUAGCCGAACAAUGUGGACAACUUAAACCGUUUAUUAUAACGGGAGAUCUAGCCAAUGAGAAUGAUGUGAAAAAUAUUAUCGACUCGACAAUCAAGCAUUAUGGCAAAUUAGAUGUUUUAGUUAAUAAUGCUGGAAUUGUAGAAUUCGGUAAUAUAGAAACUACAAGCUUGAAACAAUACGACAAUAUUAUGAACGUAAACGUUCGCUCGGUAUUCCAAUUGACAGCUCUGGCAAUACCACAUUUAGUCAAAACGAAAGGCAACAUUGUAAAUGUUUCAAGUAUAGGUGGAUUACGACCACUAAGGAAUAAUCUGCCAUAUUGCAUGAGUAAGGCAGCUCUGGAUCAAUUUACACGUUGCGUUGCUUUAGAAUUGGCAUCACGACAGGUACGUGUGAAUGCUGUAAAUCCUGGCGCUGUACCAACAAAUAUCCUUCGGAACUCUGGAAUGACCCAAGAACAGCUUAAAAACCAUUUCGAGCAAUGGAAAGGGAUGCAUGCUUUAGAAAGAAACGGCGACUCUUCGGAAAUCGCAAAAACCAUUGCAUUUCUAGCAAGUGACGGUGCUAGUUUUAUAACAGGGGUGACAUUGCUUGUAGAUGGAGGUUGGCAUGUUGUGCCUCCCGAAGGUGUUGCGAUGCACUAAAGUGAUAUAGCUAUAACAUAGGGCGCAAAAUUUGGAAGAGCGCAAAAUUUAAAUAGACACUAAUAAUUUUUAGAAUUUUUAAAGCGUCCAUAUACUAAACAUACGUUUUCUCGAAAUAUUGUCAAUAAUUGAGAUCAGAAAAUUUUAUGUUGUAGUAUUUACAAAAUAUAUUAUUACA